AUGUUGCGCUGGUACCAAAGAAAGCUGGCCACGAGCCCCCUGCUCACCCAGAGCAUCACAACCGCAGUCCUCUUUGCAACGGGCGACACGAUGGCUCAGCAGCUCGUCGAGAAGAAGGGAUUGAAGAACCACGAGCUGGCACGUACAGGACGCAUGGCCUUGUACGGAGGAGCAAUCUUUGGCCCCGCCGCAACAACCUGGUUCAAAUUCCUGCAGAACAAGAUCGUGCUGCGCAACAAGAACGCCGAGAUCGUGGCACGCGUCGCAGCCGACCAGACCAUCUUCGCCUCGACCAACCUGUUCGUCUUCCUGAGCAGCAUGGCGAUCAUGGAGGGCACGUCGCCGAAGGACAAAUUGGAGAGCACUUACUGGAAUGCCCUAGAGAAGAAUUGGAUGGUGUGGCCUGUUAUUCAGGCGGUGAAUUUCAAGCUGGUGCCGUUGCAUCAUCGGGUGCUGGUUGUUAAUGUUGUGUCGUUGGGCUGGAAUUGCUACUUGAGCUUCUUGAAUAGUCAGGGGGGGAAGAAAAUUGAGGAGAAAAUUGAGGCUGAUGAGGUGGUGGAAUAA